GUUUCGGAGAAAAUUAUCUUGCAACGUUGACACUAAAGACAUUAACACAGGUAACUACAAGUCCGUCCACCCGGAAGGGAAAUCUAGAGCCGGUUAUUUGACAUAAAAGAAUAAAAUGGGAGACAGCUGCAUCUUGGUGACAGGAGGGGCGGGGUUUGUCGGGAGCCACUCAGUGAUAGAGCUGAUAGAGGCCGGCUACUCGGUGGUCGUGAUGGACAACCUCGCCAAUGCUAGCAUGGAAAGCAUAAAAAGAGUUGAAGAGAUCACAGGGAAAUCUAUACCUAGUUACAGUGUAGAUCUAUUGGACAAGCCUGCAUUGUCUGAUCUAUUUAACAAACACAAAUUCACCAGUGUCAUCCAUUUUGCGGGACUGAAGGCUGUCGGGGAAUCCUGUCAGCUCCCAUUACUGUACUACAAGAACAACGUUGGGGGCACAGUCAAUCUACUGGAGGUGAUGAAAGAAAAGGGAGUCAAGAACCUCAUUUUCUCAAGUUCAGCAACAGUUUACGGCAGCCCCCAGUAUCUGCCCAUUGAUGAGAAGCACCCGGUUGGUGGGUGUACAAAUCCAUACGGUAAAACCAAAUAUUUCAUCGAAGAAAUCCUAAGAGAUCUACACAAAGCCGAACCAGACUGGAACAUCAUCAUGUUACGAUACUUUAACCCUGUAGGAGCACAUAAAUCUGGGAAAAUAGGAGAAGACCCUCAGGGGAUCCCCAACAACCUGAUGCCAUUUAUAGCUCAGGUGGCGGUGGGGAAGCGAGCGGAGCUGAGCGUGUAUGGCAGUGAUUACGACACCACGGACGGAACAGGUGUGCGAGAUUACAUCCAUGUAGUAGACCUUGCUCAAGGUCAUGUGGCUGCACAGAAGAAAAUUGAGAAAAAAUGUGGCUGCAAGGUGUAUAAUCUUGGGACAGGAAAGGGCUACUCUGUGAUAGAAAUGGCCAAAGCUUUUGAGGAAGCCAGCGGUAAACCUAUUCCAUUCAAGAAAGUUGACCGCAGGGCUGGAGACGUAGCCUCCGUGUAUGGAAAUGCUGACCUAGCAAAGGAAGAGUUGGGCUGGUCAGCUAGCAGGGAUCUCAAGCAAAUGUGUGAGGAUACAUGGCGCUGGCAGUCAUCAAAUCCAAACGGUUUCCGAAAAUAGACGCAUAAUAUUCGGCAGUUUACAUGCUUAAUGUGGGACAAUAAUGUAGUGCUUAGGAAUUUAUAACACUACUGAUAUGUAAUUAUGAAUUCAGUUUCUGUUGGUGGGUUCUUAGGAGAAUCUUUAUGCAAUGUCAUAAUCCAAAAAUUUGUGGUCAGCAUUCAUUUUGCUGAGAAUCUCCAGGACAGAUAAAUUAAAUUAUACUGGCGAUUAUAGUUUAUUUUAUAUGUAAUAAUAUUAAUUUUGAUUUAAUUUACUGGCAUUGAGUAAUUUUAGGAUAAUUUAUUUGUUCUUAUGCGAUUAUGAUUCAGUUAAUGGCAAAGAUUUAAUGGGCAAAGCAUUUUGAUUUCCGGCAAAUAGAACUGUGGGAUGAAAUUUAGACGUUAAAGCAGUGCGGUGUUAGAUUUGUGAGUGAACAUAUACGCUUGCACUGUUUUAUUUCUUGCCAUUAUGGAACUCUAGGGGAACUCUUUGCUACAAGGCGGAUCUAGAUUACAAAGAGCAUCAUUUCGUUUGUUAUACAGAAUAUCAAAAGUCAUGAGUCACAAGCCACAUAAUGAUUGUACCAGGGGGAGAUAACUGUGUUGGUCACAUCAAUCACAUUGUAUCGAUUCAACAGAUAUUUUUAUUAUUAAAUCAUUUACAUUGA